GCCCUUAAGAGGACGAAGAAGGAGCACCGGAGCGCACGCUUUUCUUUUGCGUAUUUUCCUUUUCUCCUUUGAAAUAGAUUCGCUAGCGAAUUAAAGGCCCUCGAGGAUGGCCUUUCAGCUGGACGACCUCCUGAACGACGAGAGGAAGGGCGGAGCCGCGAUCCCCGACUUCAGCAGGGCGACCUGCAAUUCCGAACAGGAGCUAAAGCGGCUCCUGGAGCAAUGUCCGGAUUACAAGAUCAAGCCAGAAAAGGUGCGACGCGAGAACACGAAGGUGCGAGACAAGGACUUCUCCUGGAAGAUCACGAAACGUGAGUUAAAGGCUCUGGAAAAGGACUGGGGCUACGGGGACCCAGUUCCCCCGGACAUGAGAGGACUGAACCUCCAGGAGUUGCAAAAGGUCCCGAUAGAUUGGAGGAUGCUGACCCCCAUCAGGCCCAAGAUCCGGCAGGACGAGGACAUGUUCUCGCGGCUGGUGGAGAUGGGGAAACUGGAGCUGAGGACGGCAGCAAGGGAACGCCGGUGCAGGACGAGUCCCAUAAAAAGGAACAAAAACCGAGCAGGCAUAAUCGAGAGCUGUGUGAAGGUCUGCGACGAGUGCGGAGAAGAGUUCUGCGCCGGGGAGAGCUGCGGGGACAUCCUCUACGAGGCCUUCAUCAGGGUAACGGUGAGCCCCCAACAGCAGAAGAGCAAACCCUCCCCGGAGACUGCCGCGAUAAUCGCCGGCAUGGACGACAAGAAGAAGACGCCGAGGAAGAAGAAGAGGACCCCGAGGAAGAGCGUCAGGUUGCUAGUUCGCAAGGUCAGGAAACCCGCAAAAGAAGGGGAGACCGAGAAGAGGUCAAAGACCGAGAGGAGCCAGAAAGACGAGGAGGACGAGGGCGAGGGGAAGAAGAAGAGGUUCAGGAGGAAGUGCAGCAAAUUCGGGAAGAAGGCGUAAAUCUAGGUCCACGGACACCUAGGUGAUGUGCAAGAGGUCGAGGAGGAGGUCUGACCCUUAACGAGACAUUUUAGUAUCAGGAAUACGGACACGUGGUCUCGAGGCCGGAAUUUUUAUUAAUUCUAAACCGCGAAUAAUGGCUAAAUUGAAGCGAUAUGUAAAUUUCGGAAGGGUUAAACAUCGUGGCAGCCGAGUAAAAUUAACCGUAGAAUUACCAAACCAUUAAAGACGACUAAUUACAGGUGGCCCGAGGAUUAAAAAAAAAAAAAGAAAUCGCCAGUGAGCCUUUAAAUUUUUUUUUUUAUGUAAAGUAUGGAAAGAAAAUGAAAAGUACGAUCUUCGCGAGACCACGUGUCCGUGAUUAAAGAUUAAGGACUAAAGUUAUACAGCGAUUCCUGCCCAAGUGAAAGCUUGAAAAGGUCAACGUAAAGUAUGGAGAGAAAGAGAGUGCGUAAUCUCCGAUAGACAGCGAGUCAUUAAUUAAGGAUUAAGAAUUAAAAUUAAGAUACCUCCCCGUGUUAACAUUUCCGUAUACGCGAGGCUUAAUAAACACCCGGCGGAUAAAUGCUGGAAAAAAUAUAGCCUUUAAUGAUAA